GUGGCUGUUUGUACCUGAGGACUGAACCUUACCUGUGGAUCCUCUUCCGGCAGCAGCACCAUGGGAUCCGCGUCCAGUCUGCUGGAUGAACCCACAUCCAACUACAUCAAAGAUCAGGCCGAGGCGGAGCUGAAAGGCUUCAGUCCGUACUACAGGAAGCAGUUCUCGGUGUGGCGGUUCUCUCAGGUAGAAGAUGAUCUGGAGCAGCAGAAGGAGAUGAUCACACAGCUGCUCAAGCAGAAGGAGGCGCUGCAGGAGGGCGAGGUGCUCUACGAGGAGGGCGUGCUUUACUUCGAUGACACCCGGAAGUGGAGGGAGAGGUACGUGGUGGUGAGAGCCAACUACUGCCUGGAGUGUCACGACAGUCUGGAGACUUUUGUUAAAGGGGUUCCUCCGCGCCACAAGCUGCUGCCUACAGGGGGCACCGUCCUGACCACGGAGGAGAAGUACAUGGCCAUGGUGGACAAAUGCUUCCCUGAUGAUACGAAUGUGAAGGAGGACUUUGCUCCCCCGCUGUCAGGAAUGCCGAGUCAGUUUCCUGUUUACCUGCGUCUUCCCUACAGGAGAGACUCGUACUUCUGCUUCAGGCAGCAAGUCAAGCAGGCGGCUUUCCUCUCCAUCCUGUCUGACUGCAUCAGGCACCAGAACCAAGACUUCCUGAAGAAGAAGACGUGUGAGGUCCAGGCCUUCCUUAAAGCCAUCCAGCUGUACCGGCAGGACAAAGGCCGAUAUGAAGCCUGGGACAUGCUGAUCGGCAGCGACGUCAGAGUGAUGGGGAACCUGGUGAUGGAGCAGCUGCUGCCGUCUCUAGAGAAAGACAUGCUGCCUCGCCUCAAAGCCAAGAAGACGGAGAAGAAGAGAGUCUGGUUCGCUACGGUGGAGGCGGCCUACAUCCUGGUCCAGGAGCAUCUGUUGGAGGGUUUGUCUGCUCUGAAGGAAGACUGCCGCGUGUCGGUCCGGCAGCAGGAAGUCCUGAUCCACUCAGACAUGGACCAGAUCCUGAACUCCAGACAGCAGCUGGAGGAGAAAGUCAGAGCCAAAGUUUUGGAGCCAGCAGAGAAGCUGUGCAGUGAGAGCGUGCAGCCGUACCUCGGCUCCGUUCUGGAGGAGCUGAUGGAGCCGAUCAGCUCCGGUUUCCAGGACGGACGACAGCUGAGCGAGAGCAUGAUGGACCAGGUGUGUCAGCAAUACCUGCAGGGAGCCAAGAACGAUGAAAUCAAGAAGGCUCUAGCAGACAUGGCGAGGCCGAACCUGCUGAGCUGCUACCAGAAGAUCGGCACACUGCAGCAGAAGUUGCAACAUCUGCAGGAGAGAUUUGGUUUCUCAGACAUCAUCGGAGUGAUACACAGCGCUCAGAUAGACCUGCAGCAGCUGAUGGAGAACGCAGCGUGCACGUUUGAGCAGCUCCUCUAUAAAGCGGUGCAGGAUAAUCCAGAUGGAGCCGGCUCAGCCAUCGAGAAGGCCAAACACAGAGUACUCAAGCAAUACGACUAUGACAGCAGCACAGUGAGGAAGAGGAGUUUCCAGGACGCUUUGGUCUCCAUCACUCUGCCCUUCAUCAAGAAGAACCUGGCUCCCACCUGCAAAACUGAGCUUCAGGCUCUGGAGUCGUCCGUCUACGCUGAUCACUCAAACUUCAUCCACGUCGAGAACGUUUACGAAGGAAUCCUCCUCCAAACUCUGGACAAGGAAGUCACACAAGUGGUGAAGGAAGCGGCAAGCCUGAAGAAGUACAACCUGUUCACAGACAGCAGAGAUCUGCUGAGCGAGUCCAGCCGCUCCAGCCUCUCCUCUCCGUCUCGGUCAACUCCUGGCAGCCCCGCCAUGCUGCUGGCCUCUCCUGCUAAAACCUCCUCUGAGCCCCCUCCUCCAUCCCCUCCCUCUCCUCUCGUGGUCAAUGGUUUGUCUUCCAGCCCCAAGAAGGAGCAGAAGGAGGAGAAAAAGGACGAUGUGCUGCAGCAGAGCGAACCCUCUGCAGGUGUUACGGUCAUCGAGACUCCGCUGGGAGAGAUCGAACAGAAAGAAACUGCUACGAGCGUCACUGUCAAUCAGGAGGAGCAACCAGCCGCCAAAGCAGAAGAAAUCAUCCAGACUGUGCAGGCAGAGACCAGCAGCACUGUCACACCUGAAGCACCUGUCGAACCCGAGAAAUCUGAGGCUUCUGUUGCACCUGAAACACCUGAAACACCUGCUGUACCCAUCGUAUCCGAGACACCUGAGGCUUCUGAUGCAGCUGUCGUACCUGAAUCACCUGAAGCAUCGGAGGCUCCAGCUGCAGCUCCAGCAGAGACAGCAGCUGUGACUGAGACGCAGGAUGUUAGCGGAGGAGCAGCAGCUGCACAGACUGAGAUCCAAGAAGAGAAAGAGAAAGAGAUCUUCACUGAAACAACUGAAGCUGAGACGAGUCCUGAGCCGCAGAUCCAGAACACGGACGCAGAAAUCACCUCGUCAGAAAUCACCACUGUUGUAGAAAGUAUAAAAGCAGAUGUAGAAGAAGCUGCAGCACACAGUGAAGCUCCUGCUGAAGCUGCAGAGCCUGAACCUGAACCUGAACCAGUGAGCCCUGCAGAAGAAUGUACUGGUUCCCAAUGUGCAGCCAGCAGCAGUGAUGAGGCUCAACAUGAGUCAGCGGCUCCCUCUGGUGGCGAAGCGGCUGUAAUUACACCCAACUCUGACCUGAAGGCAGAGGAAGAUGAGAGAGCUGAGCCCAACUCUCUGGAUGCGUCGGCAGGAAGCGUGUCACCACCGUCAGAUGUGGAGUCCACGGAGGAGACGAAAGCUUUGCAGAGCUGUGAGGACGUCGUCAUGGCAACCACUGAUGUCGCAGAGGUAGAGGAGGUCAAACCUGCGAGCUCAGAUGACAAAACUACUAACGAGGAGACAGAAGCUGUGAGCGUGGAAUCGGUGGAGGCGGCAGAAGCUCAGGAUGAACCCGCCAAACAGGAAGUACCGUCCAGUCCUGAAGCCAAACAGGAAGUACCGUCCAGUCCUGAAGCCAAACAGGAAGUACCGUCCAACCCUGAUGAUGCGCCUCUGGAUUGCAUCAAAGAGAUCCGUAACCUGGUGGUGGAGGUGAUCGAGGUGGAGGAGCUGCUGCAGCGGUAUCCCAGCGGAGUACCGACGGAGGAGUGA